UAGUCAGAAAGCAUAUUGCCAAGCAGUAGUGACCGGAAACGGAUGUUGACGGCGAUGUUAUAACUAGCAUAGAGUGUAGUCUGGCGAGAAGGUGCAUAGUUACAGGUAGCAAUAAAACAUGUGUUAUCAUAAACUAUACAUCUUCACGACAUGCGGGCAUUCGUGCAUGGGCAAGCAGCCCUUGAUCAUGUGCAGACACGCAUCAAUAUCGCCGAUAUCGACAUACUCAUCGGCAUGUGAAUUGAAAACACAUCCGUUCCAAUGCAAGAAAAUCGAAAGCCUGUGCUGGUCGUGCCAACGUCGACGAAGCGAGCUUUUGGGGAAGCUCGAGGAGCAACGGGUGGUGCGAUUUGACGAGUGGCAGUGGAAAGUCAGCUACAGCGCGCCCCAAGCAAUGUUGGCAGAAAAGGACGCGAUUGACCGGAAGGUGGAAAGGCAGGUGGAAAAGAACGCGAUCAAAAAGGAAAAGAGCAAGUCGGGAAGAGUGUCUUGGAGGAAGAGCAAGAAGUAAGGACCAAGGCGUGACGUGUGAUUGGUCGACGCGGGCUGUACCGGACUUCGCGCGCAUGCCUGCUGCUGCUGCGACCGUCAAACGACGACGACGACGAUUGAGACGGCGAGCGAUUGUAUACUACCCACAACCAACCAAUCCAAACAAAGCC